AUGACGGGAAAAUCUGUGAAAGACAUUGACCGAUACCAAUCUGUCCUCAACUCGCUCCUGGCACUGGAAGAGAACAAAUUCUGCGCCGACUGCGAUUCCAAAGGACCGCGAUGGGCGUCUUGGAACCUGGGUGUUUUCGUCUGUAUCAGAUGUGCUGGUAUCCAUCGAAACCUGGGAGUUCACAUCUCCAAGGUCAAAUCUGUCAAUCUGGACCAGUGGACAGAGGAGCAGGUCCAGUGUGUUCAGGAGAUGGGAAAUGCCAAGGCCAAACGUCUGUACGAGGCCUUCCUCCCUGAGUGCUUCCAGCGGCCCGAGAGCGACCAGUCUGCCGAGAUCUUCAUCAGAGACAAGUACGAGAAGAAGAAAUACAUGGACAAAGUCAUCGACAUUCAGAUGCUCAGGAAAGAAAAAAGCUGUGACAAUAUACCAAAGGAACCUGUGGUGUUUGAGAAGAUGAAAUUGAAAAAAGACACCAGCCCAAAAACUGACUCUCAAGCGGUGACAGAUCUACUCGGAUUAGAUGCUCCAAGCCCGUCAGUAUCAAAUGGUCAAAUGCUCGCUUCAGACCGUUUUGAGAGUCCAGCCUUAAACCAUGCAGGGUUAGACCUGUUUGGCUCUUUACCGCCGUCCUCUUCCAUUAAAACCACACCCGUCUCCGGUUCUCUGCCACACAGCCGAGUGACUGCAUCAGUGCCUGAAAACCUCAGCCUGUUUUUAGAUCCGGCUCCAAAGAAAGAAGCGGUGAAAAAGCUCUCCAAGGACUCCAUCCUCUCGCUGUACGCAUCCACUCCCUCAGUGCACGCCAACAGCAUGGCCGCUCAUGGCUUGUACAUGAACCAGAUGGGAUACGCAGCCCACACCUUCGGCUCAUAUCACUCCCUGUCCCAGCACGCCUCUCUGUCGGGGGGGAUGAUGCCGUCACAGAUGCCCAUGAUGGGACAGCAGCAGACCAUGGGGCUGGGGGUACAGCAGCCGGGCCUUGUGGGGCCUCCGGGGGUCCUGCCUCACUCUAACUCGGCUCCUUCAGCAUGCAUGGGCGGGAUGGUCCCAGGUAUGGUGACGCAGCAGCACGGGGUCCUCGGACAGCAGCAGCAGGUGUAUGGACCCCAGACUCAGCAGCUGCAGUGGAACAUCGCACAGAUCACUCAGCACGUGGCAGGACUCAACGCCUACCAUUCCAACAACAUGGCGAGCUACAACAAUCAGCACAUGGGCGGCUCCGCACCUCCGAGCUCGGCACACAUGACUGCACACGUAUGGAAAUGA